AUGUUUUCCAGGCCAGCGCAUUUAAGGCCACUAGCUAGAUACCGGCUAUUCUCUAGUAGUAGCAAGCUACAUGCUGACUUCACACAUGCAGUUAUCGGAGCAGGAGUCGUUGGACUGGCGGUUGCUCGUCAACUUGCCGCUCGAGAAGGGGCAUCAACCGUUCUAGUUGAGAGGCACUCGGCAGUGGGAACGGAGACAAGCAGUCGAAACUCUGAGGUUAUUCAUGCUGGUCUAUACUAUGGGGUAGAUUCAUUGAAGACAAAGCUAUGCAUCGAAGGGAAAGAACUGCUCUACGAUCUCUGUGAGAAGCAAAAUAUCCCAUACCGCAACACGAAGAAGUGGAUCGUUGCACAAGACGAGGAACAGUGGAAAGAAUGUCUAAAGGUUUUCCUCCAUGCUCGAGAAAUAGGUGUCCCGAUCCGCUUUGUUACUGCAGAAGAGGCGAAAAGAAGAGAGCCUGAUGUACGGGCCGAGGCAGGGAUUCUCGAGAGUCCCACUACAGGAAUAGUGGAUGUUCACUCCCUCAUGUCCUAUCUACAUGGUGACUACGAGGAAAGAGGCGGAGACUGCGUACUGUUGACAAACGUUUAUAAAAUCGAACCUCUGAAAAAUGGCGGCGGCUAUGAAAUAUUCACCAAGUCUGGAGAGAAGCAGGAGGAGAAGUCGUCAUUUACAGCGGAAACUCUCAUUAACUGUGCCGGCCAUUUUGCUUGCAGUAUAAACAAUAUGAUUUUACCCCCGGAAAGACACCGAACGCCUUACUUUGCCAAAGGGACGUAUUUUUCAUACGCAGCUUCCUCACCAAAGCCGUCGACCCUAUUAUAUCCAGCUCCCCGGCCAAGCUACGGCGGUUUAGGGACCCACCUUACGUUGGAUAUGGCAGGCAGAGUCAGGUUCGGUCCUGAUGUUGAAUGGGUAGACAGCGCAGAUGAUUUAACUCCAAGCCCAAAACGCCUGAAGGAUGCUUUCAAGGAGAUCCAGGCAUACUUGCCUAGUGUGAAGCUCGACGCAAUAGAUCUUGAUUAUUGUGGUAUCAGGCCAAAGCUGGUGAGGGGCGGAUCAGUCUCCUCUGGGAAAGACUUCCAAGACUUUGUGAUUCAGAAAGAAGAGGGGUUCCCGGGGUUUAUAAACUUGCUGGGUAUCGAGAGUCCCGGGCUGACUAGUUCGUUGGCCAUUUCGAAGAGGGUGGAGGAUCUUCUAUAUAGAUAG